AUGAUGCGGUUGACCAAAAAGCGAUUCGCUUCCUCCAAGGAGAAGAAGGCUAACUCUGAGGAUCAGUAUCCACACCAAGCAUCGGAUGGGAGGAGAUCACUCCGGGCAAUGGAGAAAAGCCCAGACUCCGAACAAGUCAUCAUCCAUGACCACAGCCGAAACGGAACCGUCGAUACCUUCCUAGGCUCCAACACAGACUCGCAGAACAGCGAUCGUUCCAAUCGACCAAGUGUUGAAGACCAUGCCUAUCAACGCCCACACCCCGACCGCGCCGACUCCCUGCCUUCUGAGGUGCUGGGAUUGACACCAGACAGCGAGAAGCCACGGUACAAUGCCAUCUCCGAUUCACCGGUGGUUUCAGACUUUGGCGAUCGGUAUGACUCUCCGGGCAACUCUCGAUAUACCCAUGCUCGCAGCACAUCGAAAAGUGCAGCUUCGCGCAUGAAGUAUGACCACUCGGUAUCCCAGGACACUCUCCGCGACAACGACAGGUCACGCUCUCAGCACAAGCAGCAGCAGCCAACGGCGAACAAACAGAACCUUUCUUCCAACGCACGACAGACCCGACAGUUGAGCCGCAAUCCCUCUGAAUACGACCAACAGCAAUACUCGAGGUCGGGCAGUCCCGACACCACAGCCGGCCAUGGCUACAUCAACGGCGAUCGCAGCAGCGCAGAGUCAGUCAUGUCACAAGAGACGGCAGCAACAUCAGUCACAACCUUGCCUGCGCUACAGACGAAGGGCCCGGACAACAGCGAUGCUCAAGAUUUAGAGCCGGUGCUCGAAGAUGAUCCAAGAUCGUGGGACUUGGUCGAGCCGGUCGAGAACACUGGGUCUCCAGCGAACAUUUACUCGCUUGAGAAACGAGCUGAGCAAAUCUUCAGCAACGAGCAUCUGCGCACCAUCUUCAAUGAUCCGAAGCUGCUGCUGAAGUUCACUGGAUUUCUCAAUGCACACCGACCAAAGAGCAUAGCGAUCUUGAUCUACUACCUCGAUGCGCUGAAAGCAUUGCGAGCAGUCGAAUACGCCAAUGCCAUCGCGGAGGCUCUGGAGCCGAUUCGAGGCCAGGACUUCACCCAGGAGAAUGCAGCACCGACCAGGAACUCGGCUCUGGAGAAGAAAGCUGACGCUGCCUUUGGAAUCAUGGUAAACGAGGACCUGCCGGCUUUCGUCGCACACAUAUGGAUUCAGGUCGUUUCUGUGAGCAUACAGCGCAGGAUCACUGGCACACUUGCGCCGCAUCUGCGAGAGGCGAGUGAGGGCUUAGCGGAGGUGUUCUGCUUGACGGAUCCCAGCAGGACCGACAACCCGAUUGUCUUUGCGUCUGAAGAGUUUGUGAGGACGACACAGUACGGGAUGAACUAUGUUAUUGGUCGCAACUGUCGCUUCUUGCAAGGACCGCAGACGAACCCGAAUUCGGUGAGACGUCUAGCGAUGGCGACUAAGGAAGGAAGGGAGCAUACCGAGGUCUUCGUCAACUACCGAAGAGAUGGAAGCCCGUUCAUGAAUCUGCUCAUGAUCGCGCCGCUGAUGGACAGCCGUGGGAAUGUGCGCUACAACAUUGGUGCUCAGGUCGAUGUCUCAGGCCUGGUCAAAGACUGCAGCAAUUUAGAAGGCAUCCAGCAGAUGUUGGAGAAGGAGCAAGAUCCUGACUCGGAAGAGUCAAGCAGGAAAGACGAGUUCCAGGAAUUGACGGAGAUGUUCAACACUGCCGAGCUUGACACCGUACGACGAUACGGUGGACGAAUGCACAAGGAGUACGCUGAUGACAGCGACCGGGAGAGUAUCAGCGGGGGCAAGCGAAGGGUGGUGAUCAAAGAUUCUACGCAUGAGGUCCUCGAGCAGCAUGGUGGGAAGGUGCCGACCAGCAUUCCUCCGACCGCGCGUGAGAAGAUCAAUGGCAAGCUGGAGGGCGUGUACCAGAACUACCUCCUCAUCCGCCCCGCACCCUCCCUCCGCAUCCUCUUCACCUCCCCCUCCCUCCGCGUCCCGGGUAUCCUGCAAUCCCCCUUCCUCGACCGCAUCGGCGGCAGCUCCCGCGUGCGCUCCGACCUCCGCUCUGCGCUCGGUGAAGGCCGCGGCGUCACGGCCAAAAUCCGGUGGCUCGCCCGUGCUGACCAGGAUGGUGAUGGUGAAGGACGGCCGAGGUGGAUCCACUGCACGCCGCUUUUCGGCCACAACGGCUCCGUCGGCGUCUGGAUGAUCGUGCUGGUGGAUGAUGAGGGUGCAAGUGCUGGCGGGAACUCAGGGAAACGUUUCAGGGCGGCGCCGCCCGUGGCGAAUAAUAUUGGGGGUAAGGAGUGGGAGGCGAAGCCGAAGCGGGAAAAGCAGAACCUGUACAGUCCGCAUGAUGCGCGGAAUGAUGGAUUGAAGCCCACCGACAACGAACGGCAGCACGGCACACGUCGGGAGCACAGCGCGGUGGACAGAGAACGAGGUGCACCGUCGAGGGACAGGAGCGCGCCGCCGCCGGGGAGUCCUUAUGGUUCGAAGUUCGGGAUCGCUAGUGGUGAUGUCUCGGAGUUCUCGUUUCAGUUGAAGUGA